CGCGCGCGCGCGCGCGCGGGGGGCGGGCGGCGCGGAGGAGGUGGCGGCGGCCAUGGCUGAGGCAUCGCCGCAGCCCGGACGGUACUUCUGCCACUGCUGCUCGGUCGAGAUUGUGCCGCGCCUGCCGGAUUACAUCUGCCCAAGAUGUGAGUCUGGUUUCAUCGAAGAGCUUCCGGAAGAGACCAGAAGCACAGAGAACGGUUCCGCCCCCUCCACAGCGCCCCCAGACCAGGGCAGGCAACCAUUCGAGAACGUGGACCAGCACCUCUUCACACUGCCACAGGGCUAUGGGCAGUUUGCUUUUGGCAUCAUUGAUGACAGCUUUGAGAUCCCCACAUUCCCCCCGGGGGUGCCGGCAGAUGACAGCAGGGACCCUGAGAGCCGGCGGGAGAGAGAACAGCAGUCCCGGCAUCGGUAUGGUGCCCGGCAGCCCCGAGCUCGCCUCACUGCACGGCGGGCCACUGGCCGGCAUGAAGGUGUCCCCACGCUGGAAGGGAUCAUCCAGCAGCUGGUCAAUGGCAUCAUCACUCCAGCCACCAUCCCCAACCUGGGCCUGGGCCCCUGGGGUGUCCUGCACUCAAACCCGAUGGACUACGCCUGGGGGGCCAAUGGGCUGGACGCCAUCAUCACGCAGCUCCUCAAUCAGUUUGAAAACACAGGCCCCCCACCCGCAGACAAAGAGAAAAUCCAGGCCCUUCCCACCGUCCUUGUCACCGAGGAGCACGUAGGCUCCGGGCUGGAGUGCCCCGUGUGCAAGGACGACUAUGGACUGGGCGAGCGCGUGCGGCAGCUGCCGUGCAACCACCUGUUCCAUGAUGGCUGCAUCGUGCCCUGGCUGGAGCAGCAUGACAGCUGCCCCGUCUGCCGAAAAAGCCUCACAGGACAGAACACAGCCACCAACCCCCCGGGCCUGACCGGGGUGACCUUCUCCUCGUCAUCCUCCUCCUCCUCCUCCUCCAGCUCACCCAGCAAUGAGAACCCAGCAAGCAACUCCUGAGUCCCCCGCAGUCCCCAGCGAGCACAGGACCCGCCCAGCACAGGCCUGGCAGGCACGGGGACACCAAUGUCCCAGAGCCCAGGAGGUGCUUCCCUUCCCCCUCACCGUGGACUCUGGUGUGGCCGCGCCCCAGCUGUGGGCAGAGGCUCGGACGACCCACAGCCUCCAGGCUGCAUAGGAGGCCGGCUCUCCCCAGGGAUGCUGCGGAGUGGCACGGGCGCCCCGGCCUCCCCAUCCUGUUUGUCCAACCUCACCCUCCACAUGUUCAACAGUGGGAAGGUUUUAUAAUUUUAAAUUAUUACUGCUUUGAAAUAAA